UCUUACACCAUCACCAUGGCCUCCCACGCUUCAUUUUUAGCAUCCCUUGUAGCAAUAAUCUCAGCGGUCUGCCUGGGCCGGGCCCAGGCCCAGCCCUCAUUCCGGCCCGACGGGCUCGUCCUCCCCGUCAGGAAAGACGCCGCCACGCAGCAAUACGUGACCGUCAUAAACCAAAGAACGCCGUCCGCCGCCGUCCGCCUCGUCGUCCACCUCGGCGGCCAAUUCCUCUGGGUCGACUGCGACGCCAACUACGUCUCCUCCACCUAUCGCCCCGUCCGCUGCCGCUCCGCCCAGUGCUCCCUCGCCGGCUCCGCCGCCUGCGGCGACUGCUACGACGGCCCCCGCCCCGGCUGCAACAACAACACCUGCGGCGUCUUCCCCGACAACCCUUUCAUCACUACAUCCACCAGCGGCGAGCUCGCCCAGGACGCCGUCGCCGUCCCAUCCACCGACGGAUCCAAUCCCGGCCGCCUCGCCACCGUGCCGCAGUUCAUAUUCUCUUGCGCCCCCACGUUCCUCCUCCGCGGCCUCGCCGCCGGCGCCACCGGCCUGGCCGGGCUCGGCCGCGCCCGAAUCGGCGUUCCGUCGCUGUUCUCCGCCGCCUUCAGCUUCCGCCGGAAAUUCGCCGUCUGCCUCUCGUCCUCCACCUCCUCCGACGGAGUCAUCUUCUUCGGCGACGGCCCGUACGUCUUCCUCCCCGGAAUCGACGUCACGCCGUCGCUAUUCACGCCGCUGUACAUAAACCCCGUCAGCACCGCCGGCGCUUCCACCCAGGGCGAACCCUCCACCGAAUACUUCAUCCGCAUCAACGCCAUCAGAAUCAACAACAAACCCAUCUCAAUCAACACCUCUCUGCUAACCAUCGACGCCGCCGGCGACGGCGGCACCAAAAUCAGCACCGUCAAUCAAUACACCCUCCUCGAAACCUCCAUCUACACCGCCUUGACGACGGCGUACAUCCGCGAAGCCGCCGCCUGGAACAUCACCAGAGUCGCCGGCGUGGCGCCGUUCGACGUAUGCUUCAGCAGCGCCAACGUCGGCAGCACCAGGGUGGGCCCGGCGGUGCCGUCCAUCGACCUGGUUCUGCAGGGACAGAACUCUCCCGUCUGGACGAUCUUCGGCUCCAACUCCAUGGUCGCCGUAAACGACGACGUUUUGUGCCUAGGGUUUCUCGACGGGGGAUCGAAUCCACGGACGGCCAUUGUUAUCGGAGCAUUCCAGUUCGAGAACAAUCUGCUGCAGUUCGAUCUGGCAGCUUCAAGAUUGGGAUUCACUAGCACACUGUUCUUCAGGCAAACCACCUGUGCCAAUUUCAAUUUCACCUCCAACGUCUAGAAGAAUCGAGAAAGAAUCCACACCUGUGUUUUUUAUGACAUUGCCAUUUGUAUACUGAAAGAAAUAAAUGCGUCGUGACUCAUGUAGUAAAGAAAUGAUGUAUGUAUUAUUUGUUUACUGUUUGUUUGUAUUAUUUGAAUAAACUUCGAAUUGGGCCGUUGGGCUAA